AUGAACGAGGAGCGUGAGGCUGCUAGGCUCUGGCGCAUCAACCGCACCAUCCACGAGCUUGUCGCGGAUAGGGGGUACGAGGUCGCAGAUGAGGAGAUCAACAUGGACCUCGACUCGUUCAAGGCGCAGUUUUCGACCAACGGCGUCAUUGACCGCAGCCGCCUCAACUUCUUCACGUCGCACCGUGACAACCCGGACGAGCGCGUGUUUGUGUUCUAUUCGAUGGAGCGCAACGUCGGUGUGAAGACCAUGCGUCAGUUCAUUAAUGUACUCGAAGAAAAGAACAUUACGCGCGGCAUCAUCAUCUGGAGCGACAAGAUGACGAGCGCUGCGAAAAAGGUCAUUGAGGCCAUGCGUCUUCAGCUGGUUCUGGAAGACUUCGAAGAGGCUUUCUUGCUGGUGAACAUCACGCACCACCAGCUUGUGCCGAAGCACGAAGUGCUUACGCCGGAGGAGAAGAAGGACUUGCUCCAGCGCUUCCGCUUGAAAGAGUCGCAGCUCCCGCGCAUUCAGCAAGUGGACCCCGUGGCUCGCUACUUUGGCCUGUCGCGCGGUCAGGUCGUCAAGAUCACUCGGCCGUCCGAGACUAGUGGCCGUUACUGUUCGUACCGGAUCUGCAUGUAA